GAAUUUGUAUCAGUCACUUGGAGCAGUGAAACACAACACCAUUAUGUUUGACCAGGAAGACAGUGGAGCUGGCUGGGUGACGACAGGACCCGCAUAGGAACAAUGAGAGCGUACUUGUUGCCGCAAGACUGAAGUUAUGACUUUAGUAUGGCUGACAAGGGUCCGUUUUUAACUUCAUGUAUUAUUUUCUACCUGUCGAUCGGAGCCGCCAUAUUCCAGAUCCUCGAGGAGCCGAACUGGAUAUCAGCCAGAGACAAAUACAAUGUCGACAAGAAGAACAUUUUGGAGAAGUAUCCCUGCUUAACUGAGGCGGGUCUGAAGGAGAUCCUUGAGAUCGUGUCAGAGGCUGCCGGCCAAGGUGUGACCAUCACCGGGGAGAAAUACCGUGAGUCCUGGGACUGGCCCAACUCCGUCAUCUUCGCCUCCACCAUUGUCACCACUAUAGGUUUUGGUAAUGUUGCUCCGAAGACUAAAGGUGGCCGCGUGUUCUGCAUCCUGUACGGUCUGUGUGGGAUCCCCCUGUGUCUGGUGUGGCUAAGCACGCUAGGUUCAUUCUUUGGAGACCGGGCCAAACGUCUGUCCCAGGUUCUGAUCCGCAAAGGUGUUUCAGUGAAAAAGGUCCAGUUAAUCUGUACAGUCUUGUUCCUGCUAUGGGGGCUGUUUGUGCACCUGUUGAUCCCCCCAGUUGUUUUCAUGACCCUAGAGGACUGGACCUACCUGGAAGGCCUCUACUACUCUUUCAUCACAAUCACAACGGUUGGCUUUGGAGAUUAUGUGGCAGGUGUGAAUCCAGAAAAGGAUUACCCAACGCUGUACAAAGUAUUUGCUGAGUUAUGGAUCUACAUGGGCCUGGCCUGGCUGUCUCUCUUCUUCAGCUGGAACGUAAACAUGGUGGUAGAAGCCCACAAGGUGCUAAAGAAAAGACGACAGCACAGGCACAGACACCAUCAUGAUGAGGAGUUGCAGGCCGAAGAGGACAAGCUCAUCCCAGAUGCCAAGCCGACCGUCAUUGACAUCUUUAACUUCCCGCAGGAUGAAGACUACAGCACGAUCAUCAAGGCGAUCGGAGCCACGGCGCUCAAAAGAAAGCCUGCAGAGAACAUAAAUCGCUCGCAGAGCUGCAGCGACAUCUUGGCCACCAACAUCCGGACCCUACAGCACUCGCCCAAGCGCAGACGCUUAGUUAGCAUCAGUGAGGUGUUCGUGCAUAAUAAGGCUGUCGAAGACAAAGGUGAACCAAAAGAGAGAAAUUCUCUAACACAAGAAAGCAACAAGGACCCUGAGCUUAAAACAGAAUCGGGGACGGAUAAUGAGGAGAAUAAGGACAGAUGUGCAUCUAAUUCAGAAAUUGGCGGUAUCGUCUUCACUGUACCUGCCAAAGAUGCUACAGAGGAGGAAAGUAUACAGCAUCCUAAAGAUGGGGAGAGUAGGUUUACAAUAUCCAAAGUAGAAGAAGAUAAAGGUGAAAAAGGCUAAAAGAUAUUCUCUUAAAUUGCAAUUGAAAUGUAUCAGUUAUCAGAAUUUUGUGAAAAUGCCACUAAUUGACUCAAUA